AAGCAAUCAAAUACUUCUACAAAAAUGUUCAAGGCUAUCGUAUUCGCUGCUUUCUUGGCUUUGGCCGUCGCUGCCCCAGCCCCACAACCCGCCGUUGUCGGCGCUUACACCGCUGGAGUGGUAGCUGCCCCCGCUGUUGCCUACUCUGUGCCUGCCGUCUCCACCUAUGCUGCCGCCCCCGUUGUCUCUAGCUACGGAGUCCAUCCCGUUGGCUAUUCCGCUUACGGAUACGGACACGGAGUUCCUGUCGCCUACUACUAAACAUAAGAAGUAUUUGUCUCACUAAAUUUCAAAAAUUGGUUGUGUCUUAACGAAUUUGCAAUAGUACAAUAAACUGGGUUUUUAAUAUAAGUA